CUCUACGGUACCUCCAUAGUAGUUAACUAGUCUCCGGAGUGACUCCUCCACAGAACGACACUAUGCGUUGACAAUGGGGAAUGCAAACAGCUCCCACAAGAUCUCUGCUCAGGAUCGAGCGAUCCUCGACCUCAAGAACCAGCGCGACAAGCUCCGCCAGUACCAGAAGCGGAUCACCGUGCUGACGGACCGGGAGACGGCGAUCGCCAAGGAGUGCCUGGCGCGGGACGACCGCAAGCGCGCCCUGCUCGCCCUGCGCCGCAAGAAGUACCAGGAGUCGCUGCUGGAGAAGACCGACAAGCAGCUGGAGCAGCUGGAGCAGCUCACGGGCCAGAUUGAGUUCGCGCUCGUGCAGAAGGACGUGCUCUUCGGCCUGCAGCAGGGCACGCAGGUGCUGCAGACCAUCAACCGGGAGAUGGGCGGCAUCGAGGGGGUCGAGAAGCUGAUGGGCGAGACCGAGGAGGCGCGGGCUUAUCAAGAGGAGAUCAGUCAGCUGCUUGCCGGUCGUCUGUCCAGGGAGGACGAAGACGAGGUCGAAGAGGAGUUGGAGGAGUUGCAGCGCCAGGCACAAGGGCCAGUGGUAUUGCCGAGUGCGCCGGUCUUGUCGCUUCCAGAGGUUGGAGAGCAGGAGGAGACGGAGACGGGAGAAGCGCAGGCCGAGCCAUCAUCCAAUGGACGAAAGGUCAGGGCCGAAGAGCGAACCGCUGUCCUGGCAUGAAAUCACUCAUCCUUUUGUCUAUAUAAGUUUCAGCAUUUCUGGAGUUCUAGGUUCUUGUCAAUGGGUCAUCAUCAUAUUCCAUCAUAUCAUUAGAUAGCUCCAGUUAGUUCCAUGUUACAA